CAGGUAGGCUCUUAUCACUUCUAGACCAGCUAGUGCAGCGAUGAGCUGGGAAAGGUGGAAGAGUGUGGCAGAAAAGGGGCCAAUAUACGAUUCAUUCUACCAUUAUACUCUUGUACAAUACUUUGCCACAUUAGAUAAAUUUAACUUUCUCUGGGACAUUUGAGUGCACAGUAAACAAAGCAAGAGUAACUUUGGAAAGCCAAAAGAUGGCAGAGAAGCACCAGCUGGCACUUGAGGGCAAUAUAGUGGGCGUGGUCAGCAUCACAACCCCUGUGAAGAACUUCGACAGAACCAUCAAGGAUCAAGUUACCUGGGCGGCCUACAGGGCAGUCCUGCGAGCUUGCGAAGAGGACGCUACGAAUAAUGACCCGGGCAGCCAGCAGGAGGCCACCGACCGCCACCUGGGGUCCACGGACGCCAGCCACUACGGCAGGCCCUGCGUCGUCUCCCUACAGGACGCCAUGGUCACUGUGCACGAAGGCGACCAAAGGGUGCUGGAGGCGAGCGUGGAGAGUGUGAGUGUGGCGGCCACAGUGCCGGGGGACCUCUGUCGACUAGUGCUGGUGGCAUGUCCUCAGUCCCACGCCUUCACCCUCGACGCAGACGGCACCGCCAUCGCCCUCGUCCUCACCGGCUCCUCCUUGCUGCUCCUCGGAAGAUUUCUCGAUGCCAUGAGUGGCCUAAAUCCCAAGCUUAGAAGCCCGAGGUCUGAAGGCACGAACUCCACGCCUCCACCCAAGCCCUUGCGCGCUUCCCAAAGAAAGAAGUCUCCUGGGCAGUCGACCGAUCCCCAACAGGAAGUCCUCAAAGACGAACCUCCCAAACUAACUCGCAAGCUGUCUCAGCUUGCCAUGUCAGGCUCAAAUCCUUCUGAAGAAAAUGCAACCAGCACUGCCGCUCCUUCGUGUCCAAAUGAGAGUGGACAUUACCCCCUUCGAGGGCAGCUCAGUAAAAAUCGAGCUCAGGACUGCAACUCCGGGUACUACGAUGAAGUGCCAUCGGGACCUCCAAGAAGGGUUGAUGAAGAAGCUGGUGAAUCUGUCCAAGCCACCGAGGAAUCGCUCCAAAAUACUGAUGAACGUGCUUGAGAAUCUCUCGAGCACAUUGCGUUUAAUGCCGACAGCUGUAGAUCUCCAACCGAACUAGUGAUAAUUCAUUUCAAUCUCAACUUUAAUUUUACAGUUAUAAAGUAACUCACUUUUAUAAGAUGAUUCUUGUAAUUACCACUAGCUAACAACAACUGAACAGGAUCGACACAGCCAUACGUUCUUUUAAUUGGUAUGAUUACAUACGAUAUUGUCUUAAUUGCGUAGCGAUGUGUUAAUAAGUAAACGAGCAAUUAGAUACAUUAAUUACAAUGACCUAUAACAUGCGUGCAUUAUAAUUAGUUUGGUUUCCUAAAAUCGGGGUCGGGGACAAAAAAAAAAUAUAUAAAUAAAUAAAGUCGGGGACUGGAAGCCUGCGAGGCUUCCCGAGAUCACUCUUAGGCCUUGGCUAUUCUAUUAGAGGGUCCUCUGUUAGGUUAAGUUCGGGCAAUUUAGUACAUCAGUUUAGUGACGUUGGGAACGCUCCGAGGAUGAGCUGAUCUCCCAGGAUGCAGAACACAACAGUUGACUAGCUCCGGGGUACUUAUUUACUGCUAGCGGUACAAAAAGUAUCAGGUGAAAGAAAAUGUUGCCCAAAUGCUUAUGUCCUACUGCGGGAAUGAGCCUGUAUAUAUCUUAUGCCCGAUAUUUACUGAAUGACAAAAAAAAAUCAUUAUUAUGGGUACAUGUUGAAUAAAUAGGAAUAAGAGCCAUUAUGCAUUCCACUCGGGUGUACAUACCUAAAAUACAAUCGUUAUGCAAGUACUAAUGUAUUUUAUACAAUAUAGGGGGCACGUGUCUCCUAAUACAAUUAUUACUAUAAUGGUUAUCGUCAAGACGAUUGUCCCCCGCUAAAUAAUCCUCAAGACAACGUAUCCACAAGGGCCGUGACGCGGAUUCGAACCUACGUCUGAGAGCAUCCCAGACGCUGGGAUGCGUCACGGCCCUUGAGGAUUUGUUCAUUUGAUACAUCACGCUAUUGUGAUUUCUGUGUUUUAACAACGUAGCCACCUUUGCCUAGGCUUGCGUCUCGUUACCUCGUAUCUUCACGGGCUCACCAUAGCCCGUGCUGCAUGAACAUUUCGUUCCGAGUAGCUAAAUCUAACAACAACAACAAUAUCCUUUAGUUUCUUACCCUGUACUCUGAGUUCACUCCAGCCAGCCACACUUGUAAUGAUUUUAUUCACAUGCUAAUAAAAAUUCAAAAUUUA